UGGCCGGCGAUAUUAGCUAGCACUCGCCUACGGUAUUCUCUGUAAAAGGGAAGACGGUAAAAAACAAGGCAACUACAUCUGGACUGCUCAAGGACUGUAACUAAGCUUAAUAAAUUAUAACAACCAAUAAAGGACUAAUUAAUUUGGAUUCCAUCCGACGGUUUAAUUUCUGUUGUUAGAGUCUGUUUGUCUCACGAUGGAAGAGAGCAGUGCACACUUCUUCGAGGGGACCGAAAAGCUAUUGGAGGUGUGGUUCUCCCGACAAGAUGAAACCAAAGGAAACGGGGAUCUGCGCACUAUCCCCAGAUUUGAGUGGGACAAACUUCUGGAGAAUGUGCAUUGUUUGAUUAUAAGUGUGACAAAGACCGACAAGCAGGAAGCUUAUAUACUCAGUGAGAGUAGCAUGUUUGUCUCCAAGAGACGUUUCAUUUUGAAGACAUGCGGAACCACCCUCUUACUGCAGGCACUGGUGCCACUGCUGGAACUGGCUCGUGAGUACUGCGGCUUUGAUGCCAUCGAGAAUUUCUUCUAUUCUCGUAAAAAUUUUAUGAAGCCCACCCAUCAAGAGUUCCCUCACCGCAACUUCCAGGAGGAAGUAGAGUUCCUCAGCCAGAUUUUUCCAAAUGGAGCAGCAUACUGUAUGGGACGUCUGAACUCAGACUGCUGGUAUUUGUUUACGCUGGAGCUGCCGGAAUUCUGGGAGAACAAGCAGGCGGACCAGACACUAGAAGUUCUGAUGAGUGACCUCGACCCAGCUGUGAUGGACCAGUUCUACAUGAAAGACGGUGUUUCUGCUAAUGAUGUCACUCGUAUGAGUGGAAUUCGUGACCUGAUUCCAGGUUCAGUGAUUGAUGCCACAAUGUUCAACCCUUGUGGAUACUCCAUGAAUGGAAUGAAAACGGAUGGAACUUACUGGACGAUUCACAUCACCCCCGAACCAGAGUUCUCCUAUGUCAGCUUUGAAACCAACCUCUCCCAGACGUCUUAUGACGAGCUUAUCCGCAGAGUCGUGGAUGUCUUCAAACCAGGGAAAUUUGUGACAACGCUUUUUGUCAAUCAGAGCUCCAAAUGUCGCAGCGUUUUCUCUUCGGCUCAGAAGCUGGAGGGUUACCGCCUCCUGGACCGCCAGUUGGCCCACUUCAACGACUACAAUUUCGUCUUCACCAGUUACUCCAAGAAUCGCCAGCAGAAGCAGAGCUGAACCUCCGAAAUGAAGAAGCGCAAAAAGAAAUCUGUCCUCCGCAGGGGUCGACUCGGCGGCGGGCGUAGUCUUGUAGCGCAGAGGCGGUGUUUGUGCGUGGAGUCUUCUGGCUGUAGAUCUUCCCUGAGUUUAACAUUUAUGCAUUCUUGUACCUAUGACGUAGAUAUCGUGCAUGAAAGCUCUUCUCGUGUCUCUGUAGAUAUUCUAGCCCAUUCUUGCUGUGAUCUUGAAGUGCAUGUAGAGUUCUUGAACGUGGCGGUGGUGUGUGUGAGGCAUGUCACACCAUCCCGGUACAUGCAACGCUCCCUUCCCUUCCUGCAAGUGUCCCCUCGCAUCCCCCACAGACAGGGUUUCCGACCUCACUAGGCAAGGACCCUGACGUGCUCAGAUCCGUCUCGUCUCCCGACCCACUCCAAAAGCGUUUUCUUUUCAUUUCUUUCGAUUUAACUCGUGGUUAUUAAAAUCGCUCGGCUGCUCUCGGCAGCGUGAAGAAGUCCUGAAGUCCUCGUUCGUCUUAUUUCUCGCACCCUGCUGGCAGCUAGCGUUCUUCGGUGUACUAGAGAAGCUGAGUAACUCAACCGUCGCCUUCGGUGUCGACGGCCUGCUCUUCUUUUAGGGACUGUUUUGGACAACGGUGCUUGUUAAUAAUGCGCUAGUUAGGUGGCUAGCAUUAAGCUGAACUUUGUGCAGGGUUUGUUUUUCUGUUUGAAAAGUGAUUCCCGUCAUCGAAAAUAGUGAAUGUUACUUAACUGUUGCCUUAAGUGUCAACAACAUGUACUCUGCAAUAUAUAACCAUUACGGCAGCCAUUGUCUUCCUCUCCUUAAAAACAAAUGGCAUGAAUGUAUUAAAAAUAAUAAAAUAAAAAAACCCAGAAAAACUGUAGUUAGCUGAAAGGUGACGGUAUGCUCUGUAAACAGAAGAAUGGAUUGUUCUGAAUAAUGUAGACGAAGCCAUGUGUGGGAGAAAGAGGGAACGGUGUUCUUUGCCUUCCGUCCGUCGUUUGUGUCAUUGUUGAAGGACCCUGGGGCUGUCCAGCGCUGAGCCUGCUCAAUGCACGCCUUUGAAUUGAAACGGUUGGACAGACACUUUGCUUUAGUGUGCCGAUCGCACAGCAAAGCAUUUUUCUUUUUCUAAACAAAAUGAGUUCUCUCUGUUUUUCUCUACAGAAGCCGGUGAGCACUACACAAUAGACGUGCGCUGAUCUGAGCAUGUCAGGGCUGACCCGGAUCAUUCCACACCCCGCGCCUGCAUAAAGUGCAGUUUUAUUAACCCCCGGCCAAGCAGACUUUAUUUGUUUUUUUUUUUUUUUUACGCAGAUUUGCGCACCUCUCCAGAUCACGCUCUCUUUGUGCAUCGAGACAAAAAAAAAAAAAAAGAUAUUGCAUGCGACAAGCGCGCAGCGGGGUGUUUACCGUGCAGCGUCUCCGCUUCAGCCCUUUGUAACGCGUUUCGUUUCUGUUCGUACGACCAAGCGCCCGUUGCUCGUGAGUGUGUUGAGCGGUGGAUGUGUGUUUUUCCCCACCCUCCCCGUUCUGACGGAGCUGCUGUAGUUGUGAGGAGGACCGUGUUUUUGUUACGUCUCCUUUUAUAGUGGUUUGUGAAAUCUUUUUCACUAGAAGGUCCUGCCGCUGAGAGAGGGAGCUGAAAAUGGCAGAGCGAUAUGUUAACGGAUGUGUUGCCGCUUGAUGUUUACAGUAAUAAUUCAGAAGAAAAAAAUCCAAAAACAGCAAUGAGUUUUUAAUUAACGGAUACUAUAGGUGACAGACGUGGACCACUGCUAGGAGAGAUAACAUGAGCGUGAUCUCCUAUCACGGCUGGUAUCCUUCCAGGGAGGGGGUGCUGUCUUCUGGUCUUUCUAUGUGGGAUUUAUACAGUAUACGUGAGUGGAGCGGCGAGACGUUGAUGUUGCGGACCAAGUAUAUACAUAUAUACUACUUUUUCGUUUUCUGGCCCUGUUCUGAGGUGGGGAGUGACCUUUUCAGAUGAUUUGGACCUAUUUUUUUUUACUAGUACUGCCCAGCCUGUGUUGGUUGGUAAGGAAACUAUAGAAAGGGUUCUGUUGAGGGAUUUUCACAGGAAGUUGGGAAGGGGAAACUUUGCUGUUCCAAUUCUCUUGCUAUUUCCUUGGUUGGUCAAGAUGUGCUAAAUAUAUCUGUACUAAGAGCUUGAUGCUUUCAAUAAAAUUCAUAACCAUCA